CUCACGAAGCACAUCCGACUUCGCUCGUGAGAGGAGAGGAGGCAGCAGAAGACCUUGGCCACCGACUUUGGGCGAGAGACAGAGACCCCCCCCCCCCCCCGCCCCUUCCCCUGUCCCCCUCUCGGUUGGGUCAGCCACCUGAAAAUGAAGAGCCGAAUCUCCGACGCCCUCUCCGACUUCUUCUUCGAGUAUGAGACCCCGCGGCAGGUGCUGGUCAGGAACAGGAGAGUCGGGGUGGUGUGCCGCCUCAUCCAGCUGGGGGUCUUGGCCUACAUCAUCGGGUGGGUGUUCAUCUACGAGAAAGGCUACCAGUCCACAGACACCGCCGUCAGCUCCGUCUUCACUAAAAUGAAAGGCGUGGGCUACGCCGACGUGAACGGAGAGCAGAGAGUGUGGGAUGUGACCGACACCGUCUUCCCGCCGCAGGGAGAUUCAUCAUUUGUGGUGAUGACCAACUACAUUAUAACGGAAGGUCAAAAGAUGGGAACGUGUCCUGAGCUCCCAGGCAAGCACAACUGCAGCUCAGACGCCGACUGUGAAGGAGGGAGUUUCAAACGUACGGGACACGGACAUAUGACUGGCAUGUGUGAUAAUGCCACAAAGACCUGUGAGGUUGCGGCUUGGUGCCCUAUUGAGAAUGACCACAACAUACCAGACCCUCCCCUGCUGAUGUCUGCAGAGAACUACACACUGUUCAUCAAGAACUCUGUAACAUUCCCCGUAUUUGACGUGACCAGGAGUAACCUAGUGGAGGGCAUUGAUGCAACCUAUAUCAGCAAAUGUCUUCACAAUCCGAGGGAUGCUCCGCUGUGUCCCAUAUUCCGACUGGGAGACAUCGUCAAGGAGUCUGGCUUUAAUUUUGAAACCAUUGCCAAAGUGGGAGGGUCCAUUGGCAUCGUGCUGGACUGGACAUGCAACUUUGAUGUGGACGUAAAACACUGUAAACCGAUAUACCACUUCCACGGACUGUAUGGAAACCCUGCAGAGACGGACAAGGCCAGAGCAUCGGUCGGUUACAACUUUAGGUAUGCAAAACAUUAUGUGGAGGACACUGUACAGAAAAGAACCCUGCUGAAGGUGUUUGGCAUCAGGAUAGAUGUCAUUGUGCAAUCAUUGGCCAGAAAAUUUGAUAUCAUCCCAACAUUGACGGCAAUAGGCUCCGGCGUGGGCAUUUUUGGAGUGGCUACUGUGGUCUGUGACUUGGUGCUGCUGUAUUUGCUGCCCAAAAGGCAAUUUUACAAGAACAUGAAAUUCAAAUACACAGACACGCAUGGACAGCCUGACAGCGAGUCGCUCGGUUUAGUCACGAGCAGCGUCUAUUACACCGAUGAAGCGAAAGCAAGACCAGGCCAAGACACUGCUCGGUCAAAUGACCCUGAUUCAGAGGCAGGUAGCACAGAGACAGAGAUAUCCAAAAAGUGACGACAAGACGGGGAGGAAUUUCACAAAAGUGGCUGUGCUGUUUUACGUGCUGCAGUGAAACCUUCCAAAGGACACCAGAAGUCAACACACCCUCUCAAUGGACUGAAAAGGACAACGUCUCCUCAUCAGCCCAUGUAAAAACAAACAAAACCAAAAGAAUUCUGGCUGCAAAGUUGUGAAGUCAGCUCACACGAGAUCAAACACUAACUGUCAUUUGCAGUGGUAUUAACUGUAGACCAUUUAUAAGGUGCUUCUCAUGAAGCUAAAUGAGGUUGCAUUAGAAGUGCUACUACAAACAACUCAUGACUGAAUAGCAAUGAAUGCUCAAAUAUACAUCGCAGUCAGAUUCCACACCCAGCUGCGAUUGGUGAAAGUCCAUGAAUUCGAAAGCCCAUAUAGUAAAAAAAAAAAAAAAAAAAAAAAAAACGUAAAAUAAAUAAAUAAUAAAAAUAAAAAAGGCAAAAAUAAAUGCAAAAAUCAUUUGAGAAAGUAGGGAAACUAUCGUAAAACACUACUUUGCGGAAACGAAAACACUUGAGUUGAGGUUUACAGUAAAACUGGCAUAUAAAACUAAAGACAGACAGUUCAUUAUUGUUAAUUUAGACACUAAUACGUUCAACCAAAACCUAUGCUGUAAUUUCAUCUGAAAGGUCUGCUAGCUUAAUGCUAACGUAUAUUGCAAAAUGCCAUAGACAGGGUAACAGAAAAUAGAGGUUCAGGUAAUUAUAAACCCUCAAACCGCUGCUUUUUUAACACACAAUCACACGCACACACACACACACACAGAGUAGCAACACACCAAUGCCUGUUAUUGCAGCUUAGUAGGGGACCUUCUGUGCUGCUGCAUCUAUAGUGACAAUUUGAGCGACCCAAUUUGAUCAGCGCUCCGUAGCAUGUUACGGCACUGAAGGUGAAACUCAAAAUUGGGACUUGCCUGUGUAGUGUAAAAACCCAUCGUAAACGAUUGCAUAAAAAUCCCCAAUGGAGCAGAGGUGCAAAAGAUGAACAAGCGCCAUAGCCGGCGGCUCGCUGUCAUCUGUUCAGAGAGAAGUGACAGCAUCCGGGCCAGUCGGAAACCUCCACGUAGUAGGCUACGGAGCAGCAGAUGGCUCGUACUUAAAUGAUUCCCGUGCAAUAUUGAGAGAAGCGCCCCUGGGGCCGGGCCUUGGUGGGCAGUGAUAUAACAAAUAAAAAUAUAAGAGGAAAAACCGAUACCUACCUGAUACUGAUUUUUUUGGGGGGGGGGGGGGGUUGUCUGUCCCACUUCUCCAGUCAGCGGAGUGAGCGCUGACAAAUUGCAAAACAAAAACAGCUGACCACAAAAUCUCAGUCAAUAAAAGACAAGAUAAAAAGCGCAGCUUACGAACACAAAUCGUAACUUCUGGCACAAAGGAGGAUGACAGAAGAUAACCGGAAACGCGUGCCGAUUUUCCAUCCACCGUGACGUCAAAAAGAACGAUUCCUUUCGCAAAAAAUAAAUAAAAUACAGUAUCGUACAUGUAAUUGUGAAAUGAAUACCUCUCUGGUGGUGUCAAACAAAAGUGCACAUUACUAUCUUUGUCAAAGGCGAAGUUUUCAUAAAGUUACAGUAUUGGAAUUUAAUUGUUCAGACGUACCCCAUAAAGCGAGUCCGUAUGGGUGGCGGGAAGGAACAAUCCCAUAUCGGUUGUCUUGUGCGUAGUCCAAUCAAUGACCUGUCGCUGUAAUUGUCAAAGCAAGAAUUACAGCGCGUGUGAAUGCCCUGCUUGUCGCGGCGAUUCAACCCUGUGUGAACCUUCUGAGCAAAAUGGAAUUCAAGGAAACAUUGAAAACACUUUGGAUUCGUGUUUCAUUUUUAUUGUCUGUCAAAUCAAGAUGUACAAAAAAGGCAUGCAAAAAUAGCUGAGUUUACAUUCAUAUUUACAAUGUGACCGUAUGAGUGAGACGUGCUUCUGUUUACGUCCGAGCGACAUACGUACAGUGCCUAACAAACACAAUUAGACCACCACCCAACCUAGCGUUUAUGCCACAGCUAACAAAAACUAAAAACAUUCAGGUUUGUGUAACGGUUAACAAACCAGCAUGUCGAGGCUCUUUCGACGAAACGAUAUACUUCAAUUUCAGGCCUUCAUAAAUUGUCAGAUUAGGCUGUUUUAACAUUUUUAAGCACAUUUUAUUUAUCCUUGAUCGAAGUGUAAACAUAUUUCCUUGCAUUCCUUAACAAAACAUUUUAGUGGUUGACCAUUAUGCUUAAUUCGUUUCCGACUUGUCACAGCAGCCCAGUGAGCCAGAUCUAAUUUGGGUGUAAACAGUGAAUUUGGAUUCCAUCCAUCCAUUUUCUACAG